UCAAGAUCCAUCCACAAGACGCUAAUUCUAUGCUAUACACACGUGCCUGACUUAAUGUAAAGUUUAGAGCGCUUGCGCACAAAUGGUGCCUGACCGAAGCUCUGCACCAUAACGCAUUUUGACCAGGGCUGUGAUUAUAACACCUCGUUGAAGUCUUUCAAGUCACAAGAUGAACGCGCUAUACGUGACAGUGUCCAUUCCGUUACUGCUUGUGCUGGCUGGCUUCAACCACGCUCAUGGACUUACGACUUUCGGCAAGACGAAUAACCAAGGCACGCAACAGCCGCAAAAACCAGCUGCACAAGCUAGGGCCUGCACAAAACAGGACGACUGUGCUAUAAUCAAGGGAACCACAUGUAUUAAGAACCAGUGUCUUUGCGGAAACAACGAAGGUCCUGCCAAUGGUAGUAAAUGCAUUGCGCAAAAGCAAGGACCAAACCACUUAUGCGAAAAAGACGCUGACUGCGUUGAUGAUGCUCACUGUCUUUCACCACCGACAAACAAAAGCAAAACCCUUAGACCAACCGACAAAGUAUGCGUAUGCGAUGAAGGAGUACCGGAGACACAACAAGGAACUUGUGGAGGGGAAUCGAAUUUCCUGGUGCUGCCUGGAUUAGUAAUGAUCAUCACGAGCUUGUCAAGGACACUGUACUAAAUUCCGGAAGUACUUGAAGACAUCAACCAACCAAUUUUCACUUGAAAGUUACCAAUUACUUUAAUUAAACCAUGUUACAGUGCAUGAAUUAAAAUAAUUUUCACAAUUUUUGCAAAUUUUGUUUGGAAAAUUAUAAUUUGAGAAAAUAUGUAAAGUGUCAAACUCGGUUGUCAGCUAUAUAAUAUGUAUCAGAGUUGCACUUUUAGUCAGUUUAUGGAUGUUAAAUGUGUAGUUGUUUUAAAGAAUUUAUUGUAAAUUUCAAUUCGGUAAAACGAUGGUUACAAAUAGAGAGAUUCUGGUGCAUCAUGACAGUACAAUUGUAGAAAAUUAGUGUUUUGAAUGUGUUAUUUUUUUACACGAGCACUCUCUUAAACAUCAUUACACAUGUAGAGGACUAAACGGAAUUAGGGCACAUAUGUAUUUUAUUAAUCACCAAAAAUAAUAAAAAUAUACAUAAAUAAAUUACAAUACAAAUAAAGUAAAUUUAUUGUAAUUUUAUAUGUCUUACAUUAUAUUCCAAUAUUUAUAAAUAAAUUAUAAUAAAAUUACUUAAGUCAUCCCCUUAUUGCGUCGUAAUUCGUCAAAUACUUGGCUGUCCAACGGUAUGUAUUUCUUUAAUAAAUUAUUUAUACUUAAUUUCAUUUAUUAUUGUAAUUUUCCAACGUAUUUUUCAUAGAAAAAUGCCCAAUUUCGGUUAGCAACACACUUUCCACUAUUGGCUUAAACGUUAUUCACUUAAUUUGAAAAUAAAGUGCACGUUUAUCAGCAGACUCAUUUUUUUCAAAUGUAACACCUUAUAUUUUUGGAGAU